CUCCAAACCCAAAUUUCUUUCACGCCAACCUAGCGUAACAUUCUCAUCCCAAAAGCCACCGCCUCAACAUCUUCUUCGACCACAACCAUAGCCAUUGGCACUCGCCCCUGCGCCAACCGAUCAUCAUUUUCCAUCUUCUUUUGGCAUCACUUGCACCCUCUAUGUUCGCCGGUCGCCACCAUUAAGCUCAUAGACCGAUUGCCACCGUGUUGUCCUCACCGACAACCGGUCAUCAUAUACAUUUGACGCCUCCGACGACUCUCAGCACCUUUACUACGCCCAAUCGUCAACAAAGUUUUCAUAGACGCUCCUUAGGACCUCAGUUCUCGCGACCUCGUUCCAGCCCAAGCAACCGAGUCGUCUGUCUUCACAUUCUCUCUGGGAUCCCAUCCGACGAAGAGAGGAUUCUGAAAGAUACACCGAAUUUGGAUGGCAUCUCUAACUUCAAUAUCAAGAAGCUUCACAAGACAAUCUGUGAUCAGCCGUCCAAGAACAAUAACUGCCCCAAGAUGCAUGAGCAACUUGCCAGAGAAUGCGGUGUAUGGUGGUCCCAAGCCGCAGGACAAUAACAAGAGGACAACACUCACCACUCUACGACAGAAGCACCACAAGGGGGAACCCAUAACCAUGGUAACUGCUUACGAUUACCCUUCUGCUGUGCAUCUUGACAUGGCUGGAAUUGAUAUAUGUCUAGUUGGUGACUCUGCCGCGAUGGUGGUCCACGGACACGACACCACCCUUCCAAUCACCCUUGAUGAGAUGCUUGUGCAUUGUCGAGCCGUCGCUAGAGGGGCAAAACGCCCUUUUCUUGUUUGCGAUCUUCCUUUUGGUAGCUACGAGGCCAGCACUGGACAGGCUGUUGAAGCAGCAAUAAGAGUUUUAAAGGAAGGAGCUAUGGAUGCUAUUAAGUUGGAAGCCGGUGCACCUUCCAGAAUUACAGCCGCUAAAGCGAUUGUUGAUUCAGGAAUUGCUGUUAUGGGGCAUGUUGGACUUACCCCUCAGGCCAUUAGUGUUCUUGGAGGAUUUAGGCCCCAAGGUAGAAAUGUCUCUAGUGCAGUCAAGGUUUUAGAAACUGCAUUGGCUUUCCAGGAGGCAGGGUGCUUUUCUGUUGUCAUGGAAUGUGUGCCACCACAAGUGGCAGCAGCAGCAACUUCUGUUCUUAAGAUUCCCACUAUUGGCAUUGGGGCUGGACCCUUUUGCAGUGGUCAGGUGCUAGUUUAUCACGAUUUACUUGGGAUGAUGCAACAUCCACACCACGCCAAGGUUACUCCAAAAUUCUGUAAACAAUUCGGGCAUGUUGGAGAUGAAAUCAACAGAGCACUUGUAGCAUACAAGGAAGAAGUGACAAGUGGCUCUUUCCCUGGUGCUGCUUAUAGUCCAUAUAAAAUCAGCUCCUCUGAAAUGGAUGGUUUCCUGGAAGAGCUACAGAAGUUGGGUUACAAUGAUGCAGCAUCUGCAGCUGCUGCAGCAGCAUCUGAGAUGAUUCAGACUCCACCAAAAUGAUAACAGUGUGAGCUUAGUUGCUGAUGGCUUUCCACCUAUUAGUAUUCGUUUCAGAAUAGUAAUAAUGAUGCGCCAAUUUUGUUGUAUUACUUUACCCCUUGAUGACUUCCCUUGUCAUAACUGGCUUUCCACCUUUUCUAUGCACGGCAGGAAGUUGAACAUUAGAUAAAAACUAUUCCCUCUCUCCCUAUAUAAAAGUAUUCAUUCAUUUUACACACAUCUUAAGAAAGUGG